AUGCUGCUGCUGCUCCUGUGCUUGGGCUGGGCGCGGGGGCACUCCCGGGGGGCGGCCGGGCUGCUCCCCAACGCCACCACGCCGAUCUCCAUCAUGGGCUUGAUGCCGCUCAGCCAGUCGGAGGAGGACCAGAAGAGCAAGAUCGGCCGGGGCGUGCUGCCCGCCGUGCAGCUGGCCAUGGAUCAGAUCCGCAACGAGUCCCUGCUCAACCCCUACUCGCUGGACCUCCGGCUCUAUGACACCGAGUGUGACAAUGCAAAAGGACUUAAAGCCUUCUAUGAUGCAAUAAAAUAUGGACCUAAUCAUCUGAUGGUUUUUGGUGGAGUAUGUGCAACAGUCACUUCUAUCAUUGCUGAAUCCCUAAAAGGAUGGAAUUUGGUUCAGCUUUCAUUUGCAGCAACAACCCCAGAGUUAGCUGAUAAGAAAAAAUAUCCUUAUUUCUUCCGGACAGUGCCAUCUGAUAAUGCAGUGAAUCCUGCGAUUUUGAAGUUACUCAAAUAUUAUCAAUGGAAGAGGGUGGGAACUCUAACCCAGGAUGUACAAAGAUUCUCUGAGGUGAGGAACGAUCUGACUGGUGUUCUGUAUGGUGAAGACAUCGAAAUUUCAGAUACUGAGAGUUUCUCCAAUGAUCCCUGCACCAAUGUCAAAAAGCUCAAGGGUAAUGAUGUUCGGAUAAUCCUUGGCCAGUUUGAUGAGCAAAUGGCAGCAAAAGUGUUCUGUUGUGCUUAUGAUGAGGAGAUGUAUGGCAGUAAAUAUCAAUGGAUCAUUCCUGGGUGGUAUGAAAGUUCAUGGUGGGAAUCUUGGAUUAAUUCUUCACAGUGUCUCAGCAAAAACCUUCUUACUGCCAUGGAAGGUUACAUUGGAGUGGAUUUUGAACCUCUCAGUUCAAAAGUGAUAAAGACCAUAUCAGGACGGACGCCACAGCAGUAUGAAAAGGAGUAUAAUGACAAACGGGGAGAUGGACAGUCCAGUAAAUUUCAUGGUUAUGCCUAUGAUGGAAUAUGGGUUAUUGCCAAAACACUGCAGCGGGCAAUGAAAUAUCUCAACACUACAAACAAACACCAAAAAAUUGAGGAUUUUAACUACACAAACCAUAAACUUGGCAAAAUAUUUCUGGAUGCUAUGAAUGAAACCAACUUCUUUGGUGUAACGGGUCAAGUUGUAUUCAGAAAUGGAGAGAGAAUGGGAACCAUCAAAUUUACACAGUUUCAAGAUAGAAAGGAAGUGAAGGUGGGAGAGUAUAAUGCUGUAGCUGAUACACUGGAAAUAAUCAACAACACCAUCAGGUUCCAAGGAUUGGAGCCUCCAAAGGACAAAACAAUUAUACAAGAACAGCUGCGUAAGAUCUCCUUGCCUCUCUAUAGUAUUCUUUCAGCACUCACUAUCCUAGGAAUGAUCAUGGCCAGUGCUUUUUUGUUCUUUAACAUCAAAAACAGAAAUCAGAAGCUAAUAAAGAUGUCCAGUCCCUACAUGAACAACCUUAUUAUCCUUGGGGGGAUGCUUUCCUAUGCAUCUAUUUUUCUUUUUGGCCUUGAUGGAUCCUUUGUCUCUGAAAAGACAUUUGAGACACUUUGCACAGUCCGGACAUGGAUUCUUACAGUGGGCUACACAACUGCAUUUGGAGCAAUGUUUGCAAAAACCUGGAGAGUUCAUGCAAUUUUCAAAAAUGUAAAAAUGAAGAAGAAGAUCAUUAAGGACCAGAAGCUGAUGGUGAUAGUUGGAGGGAUGCUGCUGAUUGAUCUUUGCAUCUUGAUUUGCUGGCAGGUUGUGGACCCCUUGAGAAGGACAGUGGAAAAGUACAACAUGGAGCCGGACCCUGCUGGCAGAGAUAUUUCCAUUCGUCCGAUUUUAGAGCACUGUGAAAACACUCACAUGACCAUUUGGCUUGGCAUUGUCUAUGCCUACAAAGGGCUGCUCAUGUUAUUUGGUUGUUUCUUAGCAUGGGAGACUCGAAAUGUCAGCAUUCCUGCUUUGAAUGACAGCAAAUACAUUGGGAUGAGCGUAUACAAUGUGGGGAUCAUGUGUAUUAUUGGAGCUGCAGUUUCAUUCCUCACUCGGGAUCAACCCAAUGUUCAGUUCUGCAUUGUUGCUUUAGUCAUUAUAUUCUGCAGUACCAUUACACUCUGCCUUGUUUUUGUACCUAAGUUAAUCACACUGAGGACAAAUCCUGAUGCGGCCACUCAGAACAGACGUUUCCAAUUCACUCAAAAUCAAAAGAAGGAAGACUCAAAAACAUCAACAUCAGUCACCAGUGUCAAUCAAGCCAGUACAUCUCGGCUAGAAGGACUGCAGUCAGAAAACCACCGCUUGAGAAUGAAAAUCACAGAGCUGGACAAAGAUUUAGAAGAGGUUACUAUGCAGCUCCAGGACACACCUGAGAAGACAACAUACAUUAAGCAGAACCACUAUCAGGAUCUUAAUGACAUCCUCAGUAUACGGAACUUUACAGACAGCAAAGAUGGUGAGAAAGCUGUUUUGAAAAAUCACCUUGAUCAAAAUCCACAAGCACAGUGGAGCACAACAGAGCCCUCCAGAACAAGCAAAGACCCUAUAGAAGACAUCAACUCUCCAGAACAUAUACAACGCCGAUUGUCUUUACAACUGCCCAUUCUUCACCAUGCCUAUUUGCCAUCCAUAGGAGGAGUUGACGCUAGCUGUGCCAGUCCAUGUGUAAGCCCCAGUGCCAGUCCUCGGCACAGACACGUGCCACCAUCUUUUCGAGUGAUGGUUUCUGGCCUGUAGAAAUGGGAGAUCAGAGCUUCCUGAACUGCUUUUAAGUACUCAAUGACUGGACUGAACAUCAGACGUAGAACUCUGCUAUAAACAUACUAUUUGCUCUUACCACACAGAGGAACUAGUGCUAAGGCCAUCAUCAUGGGAGUACCAGUGUAACUCAUGUGGAAAGGCGAGAGCAAGAGAAACCUGGAGUUUCAUCUGUAGCCUUAUUCAUGGAGCUUUUAUUUCUUCACAAAGAAGUCAUUGAAAAUAUUUCUUCCCAAAUUUCUACUAGCAACGAGGAGGCUGGGAAAUACAAAUCUUGCAAAAAAUGAGACAAUUAAAAAAAAUAAAAACCACUCAACUGUCACUGUUACAUGGCUGCUGAAAACAUGGAACUAUACGCUGUCCAUGAAAGAAAAAUAAAAUGGUAGAGCUAUAACAUUUAUUGAAAUAGAUACACUUCAUUUUACAAAAGUUGUGUUAAAUUGUUGGAAGCAUUCUGCACUGGUUAGUCUUGCUUGUUUUCAUUUCAGAGAGGAUUUUCAGUGGGAAAGGGGGAUUUUGAGAAAUGAUUCCUGAAGUGUGAUUGAGACUCUGUGUUGCUAAUAGCAGGGUCCCCCUGUAACUAAAAACUAUACAUAGGGCAGAAGCAGAGGUUGUAGCAACAGCCCUGAGGCGUUACCAGCUACAGAGUUGCUGUUCCGAGUCAGAGCUCUUUACAGUUCUCCAGGGAUUAGAUGUGGUGAUUGCCAGGUUCCCAUGCUGACCAUCAGGGACUUCAUUUUGACAGUUUCUGCCUCUCUUUCAAAAUAAACACAACCAACCGUAAUAUACAAAGCUGGCAGAAAAAGUCCUAGGGCUGCUAACUCAAGAAGCUGAGGAUGGAUGGGUAGUAAAGUCUUAAUGUCACAGGGUGGAUUGAUUUUCACAGUUUGUUUGAAUUAUGCCACACAUAAUUACAAUCAUAUUAAUUUAGUAGACAGGGGGUGGGUGGGGGAACAGGGCACAGCACCUUGAGGCUGCAGGCAAAUUCUGCAGAGUGCAUACACAAUAAUAUACACUACCUUUGCUUGGUACCUGGGUGUGUGACAGUUGUAACUGGUAAUUGGUGGUAUAAACCAAGUUUGCCCAUAGAAUAUUUUAUUUGAAUAUGAAAAAUAAAGAUGUGGAAAAAGCAUGAAUUUUAAUCUCUCUGUUGAUAGGGACUGAUCAUUUUUCAUAUUUGAGCACAUAUCUUAGCUCCACUCCCCUAAGCAAAGUUGUUCUAAGGUAUUAUAGUUGUAAGAUGUUUUAGCUCAGUGGGGCUCAAACUUUUUUACUGGCGACCCCUUUCACACAGCAAGUCUCUGAGUGCGACCCCCCUAAUAAAUUAA